AUGAAUUCAAAAGGACUAAUUUAUCUAAAUUCAUUUCCCACAAAUGAACAAUAUGAUGCGAAAACUUGUAGUUGUCGGCAACUUGUUUUACAAGAGGAUUGGCAAGAUCAUCAAAUAGUUUGUUCUGAAAGGAGAUUCAUAUGUCCAGCUUAUCUCGCCUUUUUGAAUCGUCAGCGUGAACUACAAGAAUACUAUGAACGUUCGCUAAUAGUUGUCGAUUCCAAUUGCCCAAUUUCGUUAAAGGAAUUAGCAAAGUUGCGUGUAUUAGAGAAUGUAAAUGGUAAACUUGACUCUAUACUUUCCAAAGAAACAGAAUUGCCAUUCUCAAUAAUACACACACUGAGCUACGAAUGCCCCACAUUCGACAAUUUAAAUUCGUUAUCUGAACACGUGACAUGCAGUUGUCCGUAUUGGAAAGUGAAUUGUUUGCCGCGUUUUUUAAUUCGUUCCGAAGAUUUAUUUUGUCGAGAUUGGCAUUGGCAGAUCCAUGACUUUAUAAAUGCUCCAGGUGUAGAUAGCGGAUUGUCACGGUGGAAUUUUUUGGAGGUUCAUUCCAAAGCGGUGUCCUUAGAUCCAAUAUCUCACAAGUUAAAGCCAAUACCUUUUCUAUAUCCAUCCUAUUGUUCGUUUUGUGAUCAUUAUUUUCCCGAAAAUACGACAAAACAUCUUUGCGCACGGUGUAAAAAUCCGCUAAAAAAUCCACGAAAACCGGGAACGUAUCAGCAAUUAGAAAACAAUUGUACAUUAUGUAUCAAUAAAAAUCAAAUAGUCCCACCUUCUGAUAGUUUCGAUAGUAUUGUUUUAUGUCAAGCAUGUAAAAAUCCAUUGAUGCAACCUUAUGUUAGUGAUGGAUCUCGACAAGUCGGAAACAACUGUAUAAAUUGUGAUCUAGGAUCAGUGAUUGUAUUUUUGCCAGGAUUGGGUAGUUAUUUCCCACCUUCAUCACGACAAAAUAGCUUGUAUAGAGAUUGUUUAAGUAAUUGGCAGGAGAUUAAGAGUAAAUUAAUGAACAAGGAAGAAUGUAGUUAA